UCACAUAGCUGAUAAUUUCACUCUGUUUCUGUCAGUUUGCGAUUGCUCGUGUCCCGCGAUGCGAGUGUUUAUCUCGAUUUUCGUGUUGCACACGAGACAGUGACAGUGACAGCUUCCCAAUUAUUAUUCCAAAGAUGUAAAUAUUCACUGGGACGAAAUUCAUCGAAUACAAAAUGAUGUCUGCUGUUUUGUACGUUUCAAUUAUCACUGCGUUUUUCUAUUGGAAUAAUUUACUAUGGUGCUGCAUUUUCGGCGUGCUGACCAUCUCCUGUUUCUGCCUGGGAUGUUUAAUAGUUAUGUUCAUAAAUAUCGCUCUCUCGCCGAAGCAUCAGACAGGUGCGGCUACUUUGAAAACAGUCGCUGAGAUGGAUGCAUUUCAUAAUUUAUUAAUGAAAGGAUACGUUGCCAAGGACACGAAUGCUAAGAAGCAUACAAGAUAUCCAUUAGUUUUUACCCGAAUGGUGGACGGAGCUCUACAAAACUUGUUAGACUUAGUUUUCCAAGAUUUCGUUGGCUCGUGGCUGAACGAAUUGUCGUUCAAUUCCGAACAGAUAAUAGAUAACAUGAAGCAAGACACCUGGGGGGGAAUCCAAACUCUCCACGAUCGUCUCUCGAAAGUGGAUCAUACGAAACUAGUCGUUUGUAACAUAGUCGAUAAAAUUACAUUCCAUUUCGAAAAGAUUCGAAUGGCUCAAACCGCGUCGGCAGAAGGCGAAGAUCCAGUAUUCGUUUUAUCAUCGCAUUUAAUGUCGCCCAGCGCUGAAUUAGAUUACUUAAGGAAAGUCAGUGAAUUGUACAUUUUAUUCCUGCUACCGCCUUGUUAUUCCUUGGCGCCGAUGAAGUAUUUAUUAAGGGAGAUCAUUGCAUGUAAAAUAUUGAAACCAGCGAUAGAUUUAAUUACAAAUCCAGAUUACAUAAAUCAAAAGAUUCUGUCGUACAUCGAGCAGCAGCAGCUCGCUGAGGCAAUGCACAGAAAAACUUACGAGUACGCCGAAUCGUUUGAAGACUUCAUCCGUAUGAUCAAAGGUUCGAAGGACUUGGAGGUUUUAAAGCACAUUAGAUACAACAUCGUCACCGAGAUCAUGCAAGCUACGACGGUACAGAACGUGAAGCGAUCACAAGGCUUAGAUCCAGACAAUAACGUGUUUGGAAAAUCGGACGCGAUGCAAGCUAGGAAACUGAAGAAAUACAUCAGCCAGUUGACGUAUGCUAAAGACACGUGCGAAUGUCACAUGCAGUCGCUAGGAUGGAAUGGAUAUCCCGCGCAAACCAGUGACACUACUGACGGAGCGAUGAUCACUACGGAGGAAAGAAUUCUACCGCUACAACAUAUUUUGGAGAACGUGAUCGGUAGACGGUAUCUGUCGCAGUUCCUGGAACAAGUCGCCAGCCAAGAUUUAAUCGGUUACUGGGCAGCUGUGCAAGAACUACGGUCCGCGAGUAAGUCGAAUUGGCAUCAAUUAGGGGCUGAGAUCUUUUACACUUACAUCACGUCGCCCACGGCCGAGAUAAAGGUCGAUAGAACUAUACGAAAGAAGAUGGAGAGUUUCCUGCUGGGCGAUAUAGGGCCUGACGUGUUUUACGAAGUACAAGACGACGUUGUUAAGACUUUAGAAGAGAAAUAUUACCCGUCGUUCGUCGUCAGCGAGCAAUAUAAAACGAUGCAAGAGGCAUUACUCAACGAGAGAACUGAUGAUCUGGUAGAGGAUCGACGAAUGGGAACUGGUGCAUUGUCGGAAAAUAUGUCUUUACUCGUUGGAGAACAUUCGAAUUAUGCCCGUAGCAAAUUGGAUCAGCUACAGGAGAAAUUAAAUAAUAAAAUGCAAGCUUUGCAAGCGUUGAAAUCUUCGUUGAAGCCGGAGAGCAAGGUUUUAAACCUCUUGGCUAAAGAGGUCGAAUGGUUGCAAAGUGAGAAGAGGCAAUUAGAAGCGCAUCUGACGCAUACGGAAAUGUGGGCAGAACACUUGGGCUAUUGGAGAGCAGAAGUACAAAACGCAGAGGUGCCAGAUAACGGGGAGUCUCCGCAUUUCGUUCUAGUCGUUCAUAUGGUGGAAGACGAGCGUAGCAAUGAAAGUAUAUGCAGCGGUUGGGUCGUGUUAAGGAAGCUACAAGAUUUCCAAGAUCUUCAUAGGAAACUUCGUCAGUUGUGUCCUACAGUGAAGCAUUUAGAUUUGCCAUUGCAACCUUUGAAGUUCUUCGGGAAAUCCGAUAAGAACACUUUAGACAAGGCUAAGAUACAAAUACAGAAAUAUUUAAAUUUUGUUUUAGAAGAUGAAAAAUUAAACCAAAGCGAGGCAUUGUACACGUUCCUUAGCCCGAGUUCGGAACACUUAAAAUACGCUCCUCCAUCCCCUAAGAAAUCUAGAUUCUUUCUGUCGACGCUGUUUAAAACGUCUAACAACAGUAGUGAGAUUCGUGAUAAAGAAGAGGAAGAAGAUCUUUCUCUGUUGUUAGACGAUAUCGAUACUACUCGGACAGCUGUGGAUGGAUGCCUAAGUAUGAAUAAGGACGCGGUUCCAGAAUCGCUUUACGUGCUUUUAGAAGAAAUCUUCGACUUGAGAGGAGUGUUCCGCUGGUUCCGACGUUCGCUAAUUACUUUCGUGCAAAUCACUUAUAGACGUACCAUAAAUAGGCAAAUCAGAGAUACCAUUGCGUGGAUAUUCUCAGAACCUAUGCUUCACUACUACAUACAAUUGUUCACGAAAUCCUGGUGGCCGAACGGGCAUCUGGUGUCUGAGCCUGUUCCUCGCACGGACGAGGAGAAAUUGAAGACCCGAGGCGAAGCGCGGAGACAAUUUCUAAACAAUAUACCAGACGUCUUAACGAAUUUACUUGGAGCUCAGAGCGCACAAUCUGGUGCAAUCAAGAUAUUUGAUUCCUUACAGAACGUGAACUUAAAUAAACAAUUGUUUCAUGACAUUUUUGAAGUCGUCAUGUACGAGGUUUUUCCCGAAUUCAAAGGUAAACGAUAAAAUUGUGUUCGGUGUAUACAGCCUUUUUUAUACAUUAUUUCUGACAUUUAUAAGUGUCAAAGCUAUGACACACUGUUGACUGGUUUAUUAAUUUUUAAACGAAGUACAAAACAGAAUUUAUCAUUUACGUGAACUUGAAACAUCACUAAACUGUGUAUAUAUAUAUGUAUUAUAUAUGUGAAGAAAAUAAAUAUACUUUCCAUAAUGAA